GUGCAGAGAAUUCAAAGACGGAUUCUGGGAAGUCACGCUGGGAAUUAUAGGCAGUGUAAUAUGAGGGGAAUGUUUGUCUGCACGCACACCUCCGCUGCUCGGCAUGGUAGCCUAAUAUAUGGAGAGAGAAAGUCAACAGGGGAGAAAAGGGAGAUGCACAUUUAAAGCGUAGUCUGAUGUUAAUAGGUUGUGUGUGAAGCCGUGUCUCUCUCCGUCCUCACUCUGUGGAUUUCUCCACAUCCUGCUGUGUGCCUGACUGAAUAUUCUCAGAGAUACUAUUCUCUGUGAUAUUUACCUCAGUGCCUCUUCGCCACGCACAGCGCGGGUUGCGUCGUAGUUCAGCGCAUGGCAAGGGCAUCACACAUGGUUAGGGAAGACAAUUUAUUCCUCUGUUUGUUCAUAGAAUAGCAAAUUAAAUCAGAAGGACUCCCGAGGCGGUACAAUGGUUUGACAUUUUACAAAGAAAUAGCCUUCUUUUUUGCAACGUGGGCGCAUGGGAGACAGAUAUGCCAAGCAAAAAGCCAGGGGCACUUCAAGAGGAUGAAGACUUGAAAUAUGAGUGGAAUGGAGCUUCUUUUAUGAAAUAUCAUCUAAACGACAAAUAAUUUACAUUUUCUCACCAUGGAAGAGGUGUGGCACUGCCGCGUGUCCGAUCAGCUUUUGGUGGCACAUGGAUUGAUGACUUUUUUGCGAAGAUAAACAAAGCGUAGAGUCGAUGUAACUUCAUAUAGGUCACAUGUGAUCACAACAUAGCAUCUAGUAACUCAUAUCGCCUUUAAUUAAGUAGCACACUCGACGAAGGAACUCGGGAAGGCAUCCAGGUGCGCCUCAUGUUUAGUUUAGGACACACCGGUACUUGCGAUACCUGCGGGACGUAAGGCACAGUUGGGACUUGAAAACAGCGUUGGUCUGUGGGCCAGUGAUGCCGGACACAUUCACACACAUAAAGAACCGGACAGAGUCACGGCUGGGGCAGCUAGAGCGCACACUGGCCACGGAGGGGAGCGCCCGCCCCGCCUGGGUCAUAGCUAUCCUGGCCAGCGUUUUGAUCUUCACCACGGUGGUGGACGUGCUGGGGAAUCUGCUGGUGAUCAUCUCGGUGUUCAGGAACCGCAAACUGAGGAACUCAGGUAAUGUGUUUGUGGUGAGUUUGGCCUUUGCUGACCUUGUGGUAGCCUUCUACCCAUACCCCUUGGUUCUCUAUGCUCUCUUCCAUGACGGAUGGGCACUGGGAAACACACAAUGCAUGGUCAGCGGUUUUCUCAUGGGGCUGAGUGUCAUUGGUUCCAUUUUCAACAUCACUGGGAUUGCAGUGAACAGAUAUUGCUACAUCUGUCACUCAUUCUCCUACAGUCGUCUGUACAGCUAUCGCAACACUCUGCUGUUUGUUGCCUUAAUUUGGGUGCUCACAGUAUUGGCCAUUAUCCCCAAUUUCUUCGUUGGCUCCCUGCGCUAUGACCCGCGGGUCUACUCCUGCACCUUCGCCCAGAAUGUCAGCAGUUCCUAUACAGCAGCAGUAGUGGUGGUUCACUUCUUGGUUCCCAUUGCAGUGGUUACCUUCUGUUAUCUACGCAUCUGGGUACUUGUGAUUCAGGUGCGACGUAAGGUGAAGACAGAGGAAAGCCUUCGUCUCAGACCAAGUGACUUGCGGAAUUUCAUCACCAUGUUUGUGGUCUUUGUGCUGUUUGCCAUCUGCUGGGCUCCACUUAACCUGAUUGGCUUGGCUGUGGCCAUAGAUCCGUCCCGUGUGGCUCACCGUAUCCCUGAGUGGCUUUUUGUGGUCAGCUACUUCAUGGCCUACUUCAAUAGCUGUCUGAAUGCCAUAAUUUAUGGCUUACUCAACAGGAAUUUCAGGAACGAGUACAAACGCAUUGUCACUUCUGUCUGGGUGACUCGGCUUUUUGUGACAGAGACUUCCCGAGCCGCUACGGACGCCAGGAGCAUGAGAAGCAAGCAAUCGCCGCCUCCGCCACUCAACAACAACGAUUCAGUCAGAGAUCGCACAAACAAAGAAUGAAAUCUUAAAUCCUUGAGCCUGUUAAUUCCUGUUUUUAUGUGACAUCCAGUCAGUUGUGCAGCUGAAGAGUAUCAAGUAACGGAUGAAGCUGGAAUAUAUGGCUUGGUUUUCUGUUCGCUGACAUCGAUCAGAACAGGGCGCAGAUGUCUACAUCUGUGGAGAAGUUUUUUUUAAAUCAUUUUUAAAGUUGUGAAGAAUUAUAUAAUUAAUAUAAAUUCUUGAAAGUUUAUCAUUUGGGGGAUUAAUUUAACAACUUUGCUAUAGUGCUAAAUAAGGCCAAGUUUCCUCUGUGAUUAUCAACCACCAAGCAUUAACAGAGCAAACAUUUAAGAGAUGAGUUACGUCCUGGGAGAGCCAUGCAUUGCAGUUUCACUUUGCUUGUACUCUAAAAACCAUCUGAAUGGUGCAUUAACAUUUCAUAAAAAAAAUGUAAUAUCCUUUAAUAUCUACUGCUGUAGACUCUAGACAUAUUUCACAAAACAGG